CUCGGACGCGUAUCACUCAGACUGUUGGAAUCACAUACGGAGAGGUUCACAAUGUUGCUCUCGUUAAGGAAUAUUGUUUCAAUUAUGAGCUUGGCUCUAUCUAGUGGCGCAUUUUCUCAAAUGUCUACCACUUCUCCAGCAAGCAGUUGGCCUACAUCUCCGGCGCCAACGCAUGCACCAAUCCCAAUCGCCAGCGUAAUCCCACUUCCAUCGGAAUACUCACAUAUUGCAAAGCAAAUCGUCGCAUGCUGGGAUUCGAGUAUAUACUACUCAUUCACAAGUAGCUUUCUCGAUGCCCAGAUCAGUAGUGGACGAGCACACUUAUCCUCCACGUAUCCAACGCCCAUUACUGAGACUCCCACUCGAGUCGUUGCCUACGGGACUUGCUCCACGGACUUUACCUCACUGACCACGCUCUGCGACGGUUAUCCUCGUGCGUCGACAUGCAAUACUCAAUGUUGGUUUACACGAACCGCAACUGAGACAGAUACAUUCACUAGAUACGGAACGGAGUCGUGGAUAACCCCCAGUUGGUCAACUGAACUAGAGCGAAUCGUUGCUCCAACAUGUACGGUUGCUGCAGAUCUAAGCCCUCAAUGCGCAGACCUAGCAGAGGCAUAUUCCUGGCGUGUGUCACGUACCAACUACAGUAGCACCGCAAUGCAAAACGCAUACAUCUCGCCCUUUCCACCUGGUUGCAAGGUACUCGUAAAACCAACCAACCAACCGACACCUUCCAGGCCGAAGUGCUCAUUCAAACAUUCUAAAUAUUCGGCAUGGUUCUGGCCGACCCCAUCCCCUACUGAAUCCGGCGCAUUUUGUAGCCCUGCUGCUAUUACUCCGCCAAGCCCGCCUCCCACCCCGUUAAACACCGCAGUGAUUUCCGGACUCGAGGUGACAAGCCCAUACCUCUACCAGUUCAUAGAAAAUGUAACGAUAUAUACCUACCGAGGACAAGCUUCCCCAAUUGGAUCUCAUACCACAGGAGACCCUGUGUACGGAGUAUCGACCUCUUUGCCUCAAGUCACAUACUCUGUACUCCCUGAAUCAAUCCUCUCCCAAAAGUCGUCAUGCCUCAAGUCCGUUAGUGGUGGACCGCAAUGCACCGUUUCAUUCCACCCCGAUUUCGUACUUCAAGACCUGUUCACCGUAAAUGCGACGAGAUAUUUCAAGACCCUACCAACGCCAACAACCGCAUCCGCCGUUUGUCAGAACUGGUAUGGGGGGAGAAUUGGAAUACCGCUUACCGACGUAGCGGCCCAAAAUGGAGUGGGGGAAAACUGCCAGUGGACAGCGGAGUACACGCGAUAUGGUACGACAACCACUGUAAUUCCUCAGGAUGUAUCUCUUGCGGAUGCCGCGGGGUAUCAGUACAAGCCUAUCCUCGUGACUACCCGAGGAGGAAUGAGAACCGAGGUGGCGAUCAAAUCGGAAACCAGAGCUCGCGUGACGAGUGGUCCCGUGCCGACUGGAUCGCGUUAA